ACAAAGCAAAAUUUUAGAGAAAAGUUAGAAAGCCAAUGAGAACAAUGGACUUGGGCCCCAUUUCACAAAUCCUAAGCAUGGCUAUCAUGUCACUGAUGGAGCGGGAUGUACUGCUAGAAGAGAUGUGCGCUAUGCAUCACACAACAAAGAGGUUCAAAAGGGCAUGGGAGGAGGCAAUCGAACCAAUAAAAGCCACACAACCCAUGAAGGAAAUACAUAUGGGUUUCUCCAUGCAAGGGUUGAGAAAGGCCGGGUUAAUCCCAGAGGAGGAGCACAGGGUACACGUUGGAACUAGUGCAUCACCAGAGGGGCUGGAGGCAAAACAUAACGUUAUCCGGCCUUUAUUGAGGGUUGAGGUUGAAGAUUGGGGAAGAAGAACAUUGUUGGUUGCUUUACCAGUUGACUCUGCAGCUGGACAUUAUGGGUACAGAUCAUGGAGGCCAGUCGAGGAGGAAUCGUUGAACUGUUGGAAGGUCCACCAACAAUGGAGAAGAGUAAGGGACAGUGAUGGAAGCAGAACCCAUCCUCCAUUUGAUUGUCCUUUGGAAUGCAAGAGUUGUAAUGAGGCCAACCUUUUGGAAGAUGGUGCGGAUACUGCACCGGAGAACAACGCCUGAUAUGCUGAUGAUAUGUGAUACAGGGGUUGCAGACAACCAAAUGAUUCCAGCCGAGGAGGAUCGAGUAGAAUUUGAUGGGGAAUUUAUUGCACCUGCAACUAACAACACGGGGGAAUGGUGUGUUUGUGGGAUAAAAGCAGGCUUAAUGUUGCCUGUGUUUUUGUGGGAUCAGAAGAAAUUGCAUACAUAUUUGCUUGGUUAAAUACCCUUUUUGGUCCCUCUACUAUAAGAAAAAGCUUUUUUUUUU